AUGGUUUUGUUGUUGUUGGUUCUGCUGGGAGUACUGGCUGCCUUAUCCCUGGGAGUCUUUGUCUGGGUGGUGGCUCAGCACUUCCUGAAGACGAAAAUCCCAUUGGGCCUUCAGCAUCCAAUUAAGUUCAGGUUUCUGCACGUUUUCUCGCUGUAUGUGCUGACAUGGGGGAAUAUACUGGAGAAGCUGAGCAUUUGCUCCCAGUUCCACUUUAUCCAGUUUGUGGAAUCCCUAGUGCUUGUAAAGAAGGACCCCAAAAUGGUGGUGACCAACCUGCAAUUUGGGACAAUCCCCGCGAGGCUAUUCCAGCCUAAGACAUCAUCGCCCAGCCUUCGGAGAGGAAUCAUCUUCUUUCACGGAGGGGGCUUAAUGAUGGGCAGCCUGGAUUCUUACCACAGCCUGUGCAACUUUCUGGCCAGGGAGACAGACUCAGUGCUGAUAUCAGUGGGAUACCGCAAGUGUCCUGACUAUCAUUACCCCAUCACGUUCGAUGAUUGCCUCAUUGCUUCUAUCCACAUCCUGAAGGCACCGGAAAUCUAUGGAGUAGACCCUUCUAGAAUUGUGCUUUGUGGAGAGAGUGUUGGAGCUUCUUUAGUGGCCGGCUUGACCCAGGCUUUGCUUGGUAGAUCAGAUCUUCCCCAAAUUCGAGCUCAGGUCCUGAUGUAUCCUUGUGUCCAGACUGUUAAUUUACAGUUACCCUCAUUUCAACAGAACAAAAAUAUCCCUUUUCUUACCCAAGAUUUACUGUUGAAGCUUUUGUGUAAAUAUCUGGCCAUUGACCAGUCUUGGGAAGAUGCCAUAGUGAAAGGUGCUUGUGUCCCUGUGGAAGUCUGGGGAAAGUACAGGAAGUGGCUGAGCCCUGAAAACCUUCCUGAAAGGUUCAGGCAGAAAGACAGUCAGCAACAUGAUUUUCCCGCACCUUUUAAUGAAGCUGCCUAUCUGGAAACCAAACAACUUUUUGAAACGGAACAUGUCCCCCUCCUGGCAGAUGACAAUAUUAUUGCUCAGCUUCCUGAGGCCUUCCUAGUGACCUGUGAAUGGGACAUCCUCCGAGAUGAUGGGCUGCUCUACAAGAAGCGCUUGGAAGACCAGGGGGUCCCUGUGACCUGGUACCAUGCAGAGGAUGGUUUUCAUGGGUGCAUACUUUUCUUUGAUUGGAAGCUUUUAUCUUUCUCCUGCGCCCUGAAAAUUAUAAAUGCUGCAAUCAGCUACAUAAAGGAAAUCUGAGAGGAACUUUGUGUCCUAACAAGGGUUAGGAAGGUGGCCUAGCCAUCUUUGGCCUUUGCUGAAUUUUUUUGUGUGUGUGUGUAUAUGGAAAUUCUAAUUCAAUGCAUUUCACUAGAACAGAGCAGGCGGAAACAAAGAUGAACUGGCUUCAUAUUCCUGAAA